AUGGGAGUCGGCUGUGCCUUGAGUGGCUUAAUUAAUAAUUGGAAUGCACGAUUGUUUGAGGUUGAUGUGCCUGAUUAUGAGACAAAACUGUAUGGCAUGGAUGGAACUGAGGCGAGUGUCGCCAGAAUAAAAGUUUCAGCUGGAUUCUUCGGCCCUGGAAGCUCCAGCAAUAGAUACCUCGCAAUAUGUUACCACAAUAUCCCAAAUAAGACCAUUGUUUGGGUAGCAAAUAGAGAUAAUCCUUUGAAUGAUCCAUUAGGUGUUUUGAUGAUAGGAAACAAAGGGAAACUAGUCCUUGUCGAGCGAGCAGAAAUAGUCUUGUGUUUGUCGAACCACAUGAAUACUUCUUUGCAGAGCAGAGUUGCUCAGCUCCUAGAUUCUGGAAACCUGGUUUUGAAAGAUAGUAGCAAAUAUAUCUCCGGAAACUAUAUUUGGCAGAGUUUUGACCAUCUCUCCGACACAUUAUUGGCAGGCAUGAAAUUCGGGUGGGACCUGAGAAUGGGUUUGGACCGGCACAUGACAUCUAGGAAGAGCACAAAGGAUCCAUCAACCAAAGACUUCACCUAUGGUGUCAAUCUCAGAGGCAUAAUUCCCCAAUUCAUUGUUCAUAAGGGACAUGCCAAGUACUACCGAACUGGGCCUUGGAACAGAAUUCAGUUCAGCGGGGUUCAGAUGACUCCUAAUUUGAUAUUCACCCCAAAAUUCGUCAACAAUUCUCAGUUGGUCUACUACACGUUCAAAGCUUUCAAUGAAUCCACCAUCACGAGAUUGGAAUUAAACAGUUACGGGAACAUCCAAAGGUACCUGUGGAAUGAGAAAAUUCAGUAA